UUGAUGUAAACAGGCGCGUGUGUUUGACUAAGCCUAUUCAAAGAUAAAGCAGUGGGAGGAGGAGGUGAUUUUGUAUGUGUGUGUUUAUGGGGGAAAAAAACAGGCAGGUAUUCACAAGUCUCAGUUUUCUUCCUCUUCCCUCCUUCCCUUUGUGGCAGAUUCCCUCAGUGGAAGAGGAACUUCACAUUCAUUUUCAAGGAACCAGGAGCUUCAGCACACAUACACCGACGCCUGGUUAACCCUACAACUAAAAAUUUAAACUCCACAGUCUACAGUCUAUUCCAGGAUACUGGGACUUCAGUAUUUGCUUUUGUGAGUAGAUGGCUUUCAUUUCGUCGUAUUUUGCUCUUUCAUUAUAUGCCUGCCCUGAAGCCAGUUUUAAACACAAUCCCACUGUAUGGAUGGAAACCUAAAUGAUGAGAUGCUUCGAGAAGAGUUCAGCAUUUCCUUCCUUCCCUCCUUCCAUCCCCUCUUCUGUGAUGACCACCCCUUUCCCUCUUCCCCAACCAAGAGGCAUCGACCACAGUCUGCCAACCUGCGGAGAGUCUCAGUGCAAUGGCCACGGUACCUGUGAGAUUCCUCCGGGCGGUGGUAGCGCGCUGGUGUGUAACUGCGAACUGGGCUACCGGGGUGAAUCCUGUGAGGAAACGGUCAAUGGGGCGUUAAGUUUACCACUGACACUAAGUGUGCUGGGCGUCAUCAUUGGGCUGGUGAUCCUGGCUUUCAUCGUUGCCAAAGUGCGACAGAGGCAGAAGAAGAAUCGCAGGAGAACUGAGGCAGAAAAAUUUGGCUACAAUAUUGCUGUGUAAUGAGGAGAAAUCUCCAUUGUAUCUGAGGAACCAGGACAAGGAAUGACUGAUCUGCAAUCAUGCGAGAUGGCCAGAUACCAGUAUUUGUUACGUGAGAAAAUGUGUAUCUGCUUCAACAAGGAACAGGAAGGAUCUGCCAUGAGGGUGACACCAUGUCAACACCUGUUCUGAUACAAAGUGAUAUACAGGUCUGAGGAUGCAGUAAUUUGAUGUGUGAAUAAGAGCCUGAGUGUAAUGAAAAGGUGUCAUGCAGAGUAUUAUUUUUUAAUAAUGAAGAUUUGUAGCCAUUCGGGAGGAUGAGACUAUAAAUAAAAAACAUAUUUCAUUUGUCACACCCUAAACGCAGCAUCUAUCAUAACCCCACCUAUGCUCAACCGUCAUAUUGUGAGUCAAUGCAUUUUAUGUGCAGUUGUGUGAACGUGGGAAAUACACAUCUUGAAAUCAUCCUUUGGCAACUGGCUCAAAUUCAGAAAUCAGUAAAUACAUCUUUUUGUCUUGGCGAGGGUGUGAAAGAGUAGAUUAAGACUAAUAUGAACUGCACCUGGCUUACUGCCAUUACUUCCCCUGUGUUUAUAGUCAGUGGUAAUAUAUUCAGUGCACAUACUGAUACCUUAUCACGUGCUGAGAAGCAGAAUGAUUCUGAGGUAUCCCAGUUUAUUUCUUAAUUUGCCAGUAGAGGCAGUAGCAACCUAUUGUCACUCAAAGACCUGACUCAUCUGCUGAAAACAAUAAACUCUGAUUAUUUGACUUGUUGCAUCAUUCUCCAGUAGCUGCAGCUUUUUCCAUUCCAUAUUUAUUUCCAUCUGUUGGAGCUGUUGCACUCACAUGGCAGUGUCAGUGCUUUGCUGUAGAGUCUGAGCCUCAGAAAGCAUAAAAACUGCCAACCUUUGCUUUAAGAAGUCUUACUCUACAUUCUAGCUCAACAGUCAUUGGCUGUGGUGUGUAACAGGUCCUGCAGGGAGAACUGCAUUAUGAUUUCUUGGAGGCCAGUUUAACUACAAAAGACUUACCAGAAGGACAAUUGUUCACUACAGUGUCGCCUUGUUUGAGAUGUUAAGCCAGUCUAAACAGAAGAUGUAAUGUUGUUAGGCAAGACACCAUCCUCUCAAACCGGUCAGGCUACAUUGUCUGUAUACUUAUGAAGUUAAGACUGAGCAGACUGGGUGGCAAAGAAAGAAAAACAUCACUUUAUAUUGUAGUCUGACUAUAUGUGUGUUUGAAUAGUGUCCAUAAUGACCUGUCUCCUUUCUUAUAUCAAUGAAUCUCCAGGUGUGGCAGAGCAGGAUGCCAUCACAUAUUGUAUGGUUAGAGAUGAUAAAACCUGUGACCUUGUGUCUCAAAAAUAUGAAGUUAUUAAAUGCCUGCACUAGAGGCAACAUUUUGUGUUUGCAUUAGUCUGUAUACUUUCAGUCACUGUGUCCUAACUGACUUUCCCUGCAGCACAACCACACACCCUUCUGCAGUAGAUUCUGAAAUCUUUAGUUAGUUUACUUUUCACCCUUGCCUCCACCCCAAAAAAGGAAAGAGGUGCAUUAAGGAAAGAGACUCAUCAGUCAUCUGUUAUUCAGAAACACAGUGCACAUUUAAUAAAACAGCACUUGUAUCACAGAGCAAUGAGGACAAUAUUGAUCAACUCAGCAUACUUCUCAACAGGCUUCACUGUCCUACAAUGUUGUAAAGUGCAUAAGAAUACAGUAUUUACAUAUAAUUAGGGGGGAAAAGGGGAUUUAUGCAUUAGCCAAUGAACAGAGAAAAAAAGCAUCCUUAAAAAUGAGGGCUAUUUACAAAUGGAGUUCAGCAAUAUUUGCAGAAUGUAACAGACAGCCAUGGCAAUCUUUUGCUUCGCAUCUUAUUUUCUUGAGGUUUACAAAACAGUGUCUCUUCAUGACAUCACUUUUAAACACAGGAUCCUUCACUUUUCCACACUUCCUUCACAGCAAUCUCUUUCCACUGUAAUAUCCAUCUCUACCUUCAUGACAGUAACUGUGCAGCUUGAGGCUCACGUCUGUAAUGUAUUGCAGUGAUGUUCCAAUUAAUCAUAAUCAAGCUAAGCCCAUAAUGAGUCUCAUCUGUAGCCACAUUUAACACUUAAUAGUGAGUUUAGAGCUAUUUUAUAAUAUUUAAGGUGUUUGAUUUCUUGAUACCACUGAAAUAUUUCUUUAUGGUCUUUAUGGUGACUGUACUUUAUGGUAUAUGUUUUAGUUAUUACUACAAUAUUAUAGAUGGUGCAGUUUUGCUGUAAUCAUUUAGAAUAUUGUUUUACCACAGUGGUCUCAUUUAUUUCCUAAUGUUAUAAAGUCAUGUUGUAAUUACUGUAAUUGCUUCUUCCUGAAAUAUUUUCCACUCUCAGUUUCUUUUGCUAAUGGACAUGUCCAUCUUCACGUUGUUUUCCUUUUCUAAUUGGUUCUUCUUGUGUCUCCAGAUGUGGGACAUGU